AUGGCGUCCAACAAUGCCGAUGUCAAGCUCCGGGCUUGUUCCACCUGCGCCCGGCUGAAAAUGAAAUGCCGGUGGCCGGAGAAUACAGAUUCCUCUAAAUCUAGAAGCUGCAUCAGAUGCACACGUAUGAAAGCACCAUGCGAUGUCCCUGAACAGACAAAACGACGAAGGCGUGGCAAAUCGACUCAAGUGGCCCAGCUUGAGGCAAAGCUGGACGGCCUGGUCAACAUGAUUGCCGCCCAGCAAAAGCAAACACCUCCGAAUCCAGCCGUCAUUACACCAGAAAGUCAGAGUGGCUAUACUAGAGGCUCAGUGGCUGCUCGCGAGCGACUAACAGCGCUACCUCACCAUGGAGAUAUUCAAGAGCCGGAGCCCAGCACCGUUCUAGAGCUGAUGCCAGACUUCAAGGUCACCGUGUUGCUGGCCGGAACCUAUCUGGAUCGCUACCGAAAUCAGUACAUGCCCAAAUACCCAUUUGUUCUGAUAUCAUCAGAUAUAACGGCGUAUGGGUUGUACCGUGGAAAGCCGGCCCUGUUCUGGGCUAUUAUGGUAUCUGUGGUUCCUGUUGAGGGACCUGUAGCGGCAAAGUUGCGCGUCUGGUUCCGCGAGUACUUUGCAACCCAAGUCUUUGUUGAGCAGCAAAAGACCACAGCACUUAUCCAGGCAAUCCUGGUAUAUGUAUCAUGGUCCAUUGUACAAAAUUAUGUCGAUAUUGACGGAGAUGAUCUUCUUGCCGCCGCUAUAAGUAUAAUCAAUACCCUAAGACUUGACAAGCCGGCAGUCCGAUCGUACGCAAAUAUGCAAUCGCUGAUGGGCACAGCAUGGACCAAAUUGAAAAAAGACAUACCAUUCCGAUACAAAGAAAUACAGACCGAGGAAGACAAACGCGCCGUUCUCGGCUGCUAUCAUAUUUCAGCCAUAAUUUCCAGUCUGCUUUCCCGCGGGCCAUUUCUUCGCUGGAAUCCCCAUCUCGAAUCGUUCUGCAAUACCCUCGUUGAAGAGCAGUUUGACGAGCUUGACCUGUUGAGUGUUGCUCUGGCUAGAAUGAUGUCUGUAGCCGAGGCGUCGUACUCUGUUCUUCCCGGCCACUGGGCUGAGGCAGCAUCACAGCCGUACUCAAUGCAACACGAGAUGAUUAUCGACAAUACUGAGCGUAAACUCGCUAGUCUUCUGGCGUCCUUUCCGGCAUCCAUUCGCUCCAACACCCAGAUUCAGAACCAAUACCAAGUCUGUCUUAUGCGAUUAUACGAGCCGGCAAUCAUGAUGCAACCACCAGCACCAGCGCCAUUCGAAUCCACUCGUGUCGACCCAUUCAUGCGUGCAGGAAAAAUCUGGAAAUUCCUCGCCUGUGCUAAAGAGCUCUUCCGCGUCUACUUUGAGGGUCCUCUGACCAAUCUUGUUAUACGGCCAUACCAUGAAUGCUGCCCGAUUGCCUUUGCUGUCAUUUCUUCGUCGCGUGUAUUGUUUCUAGACGCAGCCGACUGGCAACCAAGUCUUGCGCGCCUCAAUUUCGACUAUGUGUAUACGAUUGGAACAUUGGCGCGCAAGUACGAAGAAGCAGGCAAAUGGGCACGACAAGCGAAUUUUCGGGUUCCCAUGGUGGAUGAAGAACGCAGCCUCUUUGAGGCUCACGGGACGAAACUCAAAUAUGUGCAGGCAUGGUUCAAUAACCGCGUUGAUGAGGAAAACGGGUGCGCAAAUGUGGCCAUGGCUGAGCCCUGUGGCGAGACUACGACGGACUAUACGGCACAGCAUAGUUCGUUUCCUGUUGGUAGCGAGGCUUUCAGCUCGCUGGGGCUUGACAACCUUGCUGCGGCGGAUCAACAAUUCUGGCAGGAACUUUUGUUUACACAGAUGCCACAAAUCUACGACUCGGUUACGACGACGUAA